CUUCAUCUUUGGUGGGUUCUAAUCCUUCUGCUCAUUUGUGUUGUCUAUAAAAAAACCAUGUGUCCGCCAUUGUUGACUUCCAAAGCUUUGAAUUCAAAAACCCACACUCGUUUCUUUGACUCUUGAGAAUUCCAGUCUUCAUUUUCUUGGUCAGGUUUGGAAUCUUCAAUGAUCCUUCAUUCUUAUUAACUCCCACAUUCUUGGGCUUCGAAAAUGGCCAUUGAGAUUUGUUCUCGGGAUUCGAGCCCGAGAAUGUCAUUUUCCGGUGAUGUUUCGGCACCGGGGGAGCCACGGGAGAUCCGGUCGAGUUCUCCGGCGAGCCCAGAGUUCAAUUUCUGCGUUUCCCGGGAGACCUGCGAGUCUUCGUCGGCGGACGAGCUUUUCUCCGACGGCAAGAUUCUCCCAAUUCCGAUCAAGAGAAAAAUGGGUCCGCAAAAAAAGCUUCUCCCGCCGCCGCCGCCGCCGCCGGAAAAACAGAGCUCGGCGCCGCGGAAGUUGGGGCGGAGUUGGAGUGUGAGCUUUGGGAAGGGAAAUAUGUGUCCAUUGCCGCUAUUGUGGCGGAGCAAUUCUACAGGAACAUCUAAUUACUCCGCCAUUAAAAGAUCAAAUUACAGGAAAGUUUCUUCGUCCUCCGCAACUACAGGGCAUCGUCAUCACAAGCCGCCGUUGAAGAAAUUUAUGAAUAACAGUGGGAUCGGAGUGAAUCCGGUACUGAAUAUUCUCCCCCCGGCAAGGCUCUUUUGUUUAAGUUCCAUUUUUAGUGGUGGCAAGGAUAAGAAUACCAAGUGAUGAUUUCUAUUGGGCUCUGCUGGAGGGAUCCAAACUUGUAAUCCCACGUUCACAUAUACGAAAUACUCCCUCCGUCCCCCUAAGAUAUUCUCAUUUUAACUUUAUGUGAUUUUUAAAGAGAGUUGAAAAAAGGUGAAAGUUUACCAUAACACCCUUAAUGAAAAUGGGUGGAGUGUAUUAAAUGAGGUGGGUGAGGUGUAAUAAAUAAAGUAAGUGGGG